CCUCAGAGGACCCCGAACAGCCACUCCCCGAACUUUCUAAAUACAUAAUGGCACGUUCGUAUUCACUGCUUUGCUGUCCACCACAACGGCGCAUCUGAAAACACGCCGUUCAACACCCGUGAUAAGUCACAGCAUGUCUGAACUGACUGCACAAGAUCUGCAGGACAUUCUCCAGUUCGCUGUUGCUCUGGCCCGCACAGCAGGCAGGGUCAUCCUCGAAGGAUCUGUUGCGAUCCAGUCGGCCAGUGCAGGAAAAGAUGUCAACGAGAAGAAGAACUCUGUUGACCUGGUCACCGAAUAUGAUGUCCGCGUGGAGGAGCUCGUGAAGAAAGAGAUUGCAGGCAGAUAUCCUGACUUUGAUUUCAUUGGCGAAGAAUCCUAUUCAGCUGGAUCUCGCCCUCCGCUGACUGACAAACCCACCUUCUGUGUGGAUCCCAUCGAUGGUACAACCAACUUCGUGCACGGAUUCCCCUUUGUCUGUAUUUCUCUCGGACUGAUCUACAAACGUCGACCGGUGCUUGGUGUCAUCUACAACCCCUUUCUCGACCAUCUCUACACUGGGAUCAAAGGGCAAGGCUCGCACCUCACCCGGGGAAGCGCGCAACCGGUCAAACUUCCGCUCUCUUCACCCCCCAAGCCUCUUCCUUCGCUGUCGCAGGCGCUCAUUGCCAUCGAGUGGGGAUCUGACCGUGCGAACAAGACAAUCUCAGCCAAGUCCUCUUCAUUCGGUCGUCUGGCAGGGAACCCUGCGCAAGAUGUGCAAGGAGGGAAGAUGGCACAUUCUCUGCGUUCUGUUGGAUCUGCGGCUCUCAAUUUUGCGCUUGUUGCGCAAGGAGGACUCGAUCUAUACUGGGAAGUCGGAUGCUGGCCCUGGGACGUUUGCGCGGGAAUCGUGAUUGCAGAGGAAGCCGGGGGUAUCGUAUCUGGCGGUCACGACGCCUUUGCCGCUACGGCUCAGACUGCAGCUUUUGGUGAUGUCACGGAAGCGAUAUUGACGGGGAGAAAGUACGUUGUAGUCCGUGGUGUCGCAACAAGUCAGGAAGAGUCGAAUGUCGAUGCCCAGAAACGCAUCAUACAAGAAUUUUACCAGGCCGUAGAAGAUGUAGAGGCCAACUGAAUAUAAACUUUAGCUAAUUUGACGCGAAGGUUUGACUAUUCUCAAUUAUCGGCUCUUGGCGAGAGUAACGCGUGUGAACGGCGGAGAGAAAGGCCAUGAUCGCCUGUACGUCAUUGAUUGGAUCACGUGGCACCGCGGGGGUACCCAGGGUGCUAUUAUGUACCAGCGAGGUAUUGAGUGAGCGUUACAGCUGCCUAGCACUUUCUUACCCUUACUGUGCGAUGAACUCCGAUACUUUUUCGCUCCUGAGGAACUCGAGCGUGUAUACACUCGCAGGUCUCACAUCCAAGACAAUAUCGGUCUUCGGGAUCUUCUUCAUCUCACUUUUCGCCGUCUCGUUCCCAGGCCUUUCGCAGCGCUCAAGCCUGUUGCGCAUACCUCAUGUCGCGUUCUUUAUCGGAAAACAUUUCGGGACGGGUGUCAUACUGUCAACUGCGUUCUGUCACCUAUUACAGGAUGCAUUCGAGCAUUUGCAGAGUCCAGAGGUACAGGACAAGUAUCCUCGGGUCCAAAAGCAGACCGGUCUCAUAAUACUGGGUUCGCUGCUGCUUAUCUUCAUCGUUGAAUACGUCUCGACUUCGUACGUCGACUACCUUCACGCGGAACCAUCUGCACCCUCAUCCCCCUUCGAAUCCCCGCACAUCCCCGUUUCCCGCCUUCCUCCUCCAACAGAAGUGACUCCACUCGUCGCUCGGCCGAAAGCUUCGCCUUUGCAGCCUGCUUUCCUAGCAGCGCUAUUUGCGCCACCCCGACACUGCCCGCUGAGCCGACAUGACGGGAGGAUGCUCAGUGUCUGCGUGACUACCGCGAACCAUGACGGAGAAGUGUUCGCGUAUCCCACCCAGGACUUCGAAGCGAAUCCAGAGCCCCGGAAAGAGGACCACAAAGUCGGCAGAGGAAGGCAGCUGGUUGGAAUUAUUGUUCUCCAGCUGGGUAUCAUGCUUCAUUCGUUAGUGAUUGGACUCACCCUGGCCCUCACUUCCGGUGGCGAUUUCACUUCCCUGCUCACGGCGAUCAUCUUCCACCAGUUGUUUGAGGGUCUCUCCCUUGGGAUCCGGAUCGCGUCACUUCCUGCUUCCAAAACCGGUGGACGAGACUGGUUUGCGAUAGCUUUGGUGCUACUGUUCGCAUUGACGACACCCGUGGGAAUGGUCAUCGGAAUGUCGUCCUUUUCAAGUCACGCUGAGAAUCUUCCGAGCACUACACUCGUUAAAGGAAUCAUGUCGGCAAUCUCUGCAGGAAUGCUCAUCUAUGCCGCCACCAUAGAGAUGCUCGCAGCUGACUUUGUGUUUGGGAGUCUCGAGGACAGCCCCGGGCAUGGCCACGGGCACGGCGGUCAUUCACACGAGGUCGAAGUAGAUGACGAUCAGGAAGCCGAACAGCCAGGGCUCCAUCCCAGUCCUGGUCGCAGAGCACUAGCCCUGGGGAGUGUGCUUGCUGGUGUUGCUAGUAUGGUGUUGGUUUCGCUCGGAGAAUGAGUGGCCGUGAUUUGCUUUCGUGUCAUGUACAUGCUUUGGCUACGUUGAUAGCGAGGUGUAUUGUAAUUGUCCUGAUCUAUUUAUAUUUGUACAAACCCAAGUAAGUGGGUGCUAAUUAUGCCUCAAGUACGAUACUUAUAACAAUCAUCUCCGGGACAUGGCUAUUCGCCUUGCUUGCUUCCAGUCGUCCAGUUCGUAACGCUUGCCAUUAAUCGCCACAGUCCGCAAAAAGGAUUUGUGUCUCGAUAGAGCAAGGAGGAAUUUCUCGUCAAUGGAAGGAUCAUCGACUACGGCCCCGGGUCUCGACCGCAGAGUGAGCCGCACUUCUUUCACCGACCGGAAGAUCUGGGUCCACUGCGCAAUCUGCUCGGCGUUGUACGGCGCGACAACCAGGUCCAGACACGAGACAGCGCCAAACGACUUCUUGUCGUCGGGUGUCAUCUUCAACAUCGCGUCGAAAUCAAAGACGAUCGAGUCCGAGAAUAGAGCAAGGGAGAGUGUGAUAUACGGAGUUUGGCCUCGAUCGGCUAGGGCCUCGCAGACCCUGUCAAGCUUAAUCCCGACUCGCCAUAUUUCGGACUUGCCCUGAAACCCCACGGUCAGUCGUUCCAAGUAAGGAACGCGGUCCCAAGGCUCUAGGAUGUGCAGAAUAAACUCGACAGGAGCUACAAGAUCCUUGAGAGCCAAGAACUUGGGGACGAUCCCCUCCUGCCACCUGGUCGGUGUGCCCGGUGCUUCGUCGUUGUUGCCGAUGGUAAGUGAUUGCAAUCGAGGCAAGCGUGAGCACAGUCCCAGGAUGUCAACGUCAGAUAUGGAAUCUAACUCCGACAGCGACAGUUGAGAAACUUCGCCCGCCCUUUGGCCGAUGAGAAACAAGACGGGGCCCCAAAGCUCCUUUUCCAGAGAUAUCUCAGAAAUGGCGAGGGAUGCGGGAGAACAACGGCGUAGAACCGACAGCGUCCAGCUGAGGAAAGGCGGCGUGAGCAGCACAGCGGACUGGAUGGUCAAUGAAGUGAGGUGGUAGCCGUCCACUGUUCGGGAUGGGAAAGAGACUUCACCGCGCUCACGACCCUGCUCCGGUGCGCGUCGGAACUCCCACUCCUUGCCGGCCAUCAGAGGUUCCGACGUGAAGAGCUUCCUGAUCGCUCUGAUUGCUCGCCGAGAGACGGACUUGUCGACAGAGAGAGCAUAUGACCGGGUGAGAUAGCCCCCGUACCGAAUGCGCAGGAUCAUCUCCUGUCGAAUUGCACAUGCUGUUUCUCGCGUCUAGCUGCAGGGUCACUCGGCCGACUGAGCGGAAACGCUGUAUGAAAUUCUGGAGUCGCCGCACGUGGGGGAGCAGCGGGAGGACUGAAUCGCAGCUGGGAUGGGGCAUGAGACAGGUGAGGUCCUGGAUGCCCGUAAUGAAUAACGCCAUGUUUAGGGCGGCUAAUGUAUCGGCGCCGUCGUUCGAGAGUGAUACGAAAGCCGAUUGGGAUGGGUCGGGCAUGCCUUGGCGCGCGAAGAAGAUGGGAAGCGCCAGAAAAUGCAAUCGACGACAUAGGACUGCGAGGCUACAGAGGGCGUCCGACGGGAGUCUGGGGUUUUCCAGGAUGAUGAUGAGGAGCUCAUUUGGAAGGGAGAGCAAGCUGGUGCUCAUCGGCUGGGCGUCGCCGCGUUAUCAUGGCUCGUGGUCGGUGCAUAUGCCUGUUAUAUACGAGAUCAAAACACGAAUCAAGUGAUCUGAGCUCGGCCCAUGUGUUCAAUGUCGCAGAGCCAUUGAUGACACAAAGUGUUCGAACUCAGCCGCCCGCUCCAACGUGGAAGCGCAAUCCGCAGCAAAAUCUGUCAAGAGAAGAAAGUUCGCGCUCAAAGGCCUGCUCUUGGCGAUCGCGGCCGCCCUCAGCAUGGCAGUGCUGUAUUCCAGCCACAACUCAGAUAAGCAACAGUUUGCUCGUUUUCGGCUCUUGAAAAUUUCAAUCUUUGUGAAUGUUGUUUAGAAGAGGCGUCGGUAUGCAACGAUGGCCGCGCCCGUUCUGCGGUUCUCGCGGCAAACCCACGCUAUAAAAAGGAUGUUCCUCAUUCCGCCUUCCAGUUAUUUUUAAGCCGGAACAUAGCCAGAAGCCCGGGUAUCUCGGUAACGACAUGUCGUCAUGAAGCGGGUUCCUCGCCAAUAAUAUCCAUUGAACGACCGAGUGCGCGUCUCGAGCUGCCAUCAAACGAUGAUGGCAUUGCCACGUCAGCACGUGAGCGUGUUUCCGUCUCGUCCGGUGCGCUGCCAAAUCCGCUUGUCUUCAGGCACGAUGAGCACCUACGUCGACGCUGUCCAGUCCUUCGUGAAAACCUCUCCCUGGUGGCUCUCGACGCUUCUCGCGUUAGGUUCUUUCGUGACUGUUCGAUUCGUGCAACAAACGGUCUCGGUCCUUCUCCAGACGUUCGUCCUUCCAGGGAUCAGUCUCAAAACCUUCGGUGCAAAGAAGGGCGCGUGGGCUGUCGUCACCGGCGCUUCGGAUGGUAUCGGGAAGGAGUUCGCUACCCAGCUAGCAGGCCAGGGAUUCAACGUGCUUCUUGUGGCGCGGAAUGCCGCUGUGUUGAAUACCGUCGCUGAGGAAAUUAAAUCAAAGUACCCCACAGCACAGACCGCUAUACACACCAUCGACUUUGCUGCGGCUGACGAGAGUGCUUAUCAAUCCUUCACCUCUGCUGUCCAGGCUCUCGAUGUUGGUGUCCUUGUCAACAACGUUGGAAAGUCACACUCGAUGCCGGUCUACCUCGUCGACACCCCUCUUCCCGAAAUGAACGAUAUAGUCAAGAUCAACGUAAAUGCGACUCUGCGCGUCACUUAUGCCAUCCUUCCUGGCAUGGUUCAGCGCAAGCGGGGUCUCGUUCUCAACAUUGGGUCAUUUGCGGGCGCUGUUCCGUCUCCCAUGCUGGCUACUUACUCUGGAACCAAGGCAUUCUUGACCACUUUCACCAGUGCCCUUGCCGAAGAAGUCCGAGAGCACGGCGUCGUCGUUGAGCAUGUCAACACGUACUUCGUCGUCUCCAAGCUCUCUAAGAUUCGCCGCGCUUCGAUGAUGAUUCCUCAGCCGAAGCCCUACGUGCGCUCCGUGCUGAGCAAGAUCGGUCUCGGCUGUGGCGCUUCGUACAGCGGCCGCCCCGAAACCAGCACCCCCUACUGGUCGCAUGCACUGCUCGAUUACGCCAUCACCUUGUUUGUUUCCCCCGCUGCUGGGAUCUCGUACACACACAAGCUGCACAAGGACAUCCGGCGUCGUGCUUUGAAAAAAGCAGCCAAAACUCAGUAGACUAACGCCUGAUGCAUUCAAUCCUCAUCGUCUGUUCUCGCUGAUUGCGGACUGAUACCCCACUGCGCCCAAGGGCCCGAAGUCGUAGACGACGGAACGAAGAGACCCCAUGUGAUAGCGUAGUGAUCCAGGACGAGGUCCAGCUCCUCUACUUCAUCGACCAAUUCCAGGCGUGAUAUCCUAUCGAUCGUCAGUCGAACUGAUAGCACGGACUGCGGCGGAGAUCAACCUUUGAAGCUCCGAGACGGAUAUGUAUGACCUCCGGAUGUCCUUCAAGGUAAGUGCCCGAGCAGCUGCGAAUCCGAGAUCCGUAAAACGGCGAGGCAAAGAAGCCACAUCCGGGUACGGCACUGCGCCUGGCAAAGUGACAUUGCGAGCCUGAGAUGAUCGAUGUAAGACUGGUAAAUGCGGCCAAACCGCAUAGCACACCUUUAGGUUAUCGAGCAUGACGCGUCCGAACGAAUCCUGCAGCCGGAACAUCUCAUACACAAUGCUACCGAGAACUGCGCCUCCUUCGACUGAAAAGAAGUCCGUGAACCAUUUGAAUAUCGCAGCAGAAGCUUCCGGGGCCAUGUAGACAAGCACACAUUCGGAUAAUAUGAGGGUCGGCAGGUCCGCAUGUAAAAUUGGGCUGAGAAGCGUACCCCAUCUUUCGGCCGGCGGUUGUCGGAGAUCAACGGGGAAGAGAUGGUACUUGGGGGAGGACAGGCCCAUACCGCGUUGAAC